AUGGAGCUCCAGCCCCAGCGCACCCUCAGCGCAAGCGCCCUCGGCACCGCGACUAACAUCCCCGCUCCGGAGGAACACACAAGUGAAAGCUCCAGAUCCGCCUCGGCACACGCCGCCGUUGAUGACUCCACGGCGGUCACCAACGUCGCUUUACUGGAGGACGUGCCCCCAAACGGCGGCUACGGCUGGGUGUGCACGGCGUGCGUACUGCUGAUGAACGCGAAUACUUGGGGGGUCAAUGCUGCAUGGGCCAUCUUCCUCGCAUACUAUCUCUCGCACUCGACGUUUCCGGGCGCCACGCAGCUACAGUAUGCGCUUAUCGGAGGGUUGUCGAUUUCGCAGGCUUUGAUGAUAUCUCCGGUGACGGCAGCCUCGAAUCGGAUGUUCGGUACCAAGACGACCCUGCUCAUCGGAUCGCUGCUCGUGUCGGCGGGCUGGCUGACGGCCUCGUUCGCGACCCAGGUGUGGCACCUCUUCAUGACCGUGGGCGUGUGCUUUGGCUGGGGUAUGGGAAUGGUCUACAUCACCGCCUCGGCCACCUUACCGCAAUGGUUCUCGACCAAGCGCUCUCUGGCGGUUGGCAUCGCUGCCGCGGGCGCUGGUCUCGGUGGCCUGGUGUAUAAUCUGCUCGCUGGCUGGCUGGUGCAGAGCGUGGGCAUCAGCUGGACUUACCGGGUGCUGGCGUGUAUCACGAUUGUCAUUAACGGCAUCUGCUCGCUGCUGCUCAAGGACCGCAACAAGAUGGUCAAGCCUGUGCAGGGCUCAUUCAACUAUCGCGAGUUUGGGCAUGUCGAGGUCCUAUUGAUCGUCGGGUGGGGCUUCCUGACCGACAUCGGCUACGUCGUCCUGCUGUUCUCGCUGCCACAUUACGCUGAAUCGCUGGGACUGUCGCAGACACAGGGCUCGAUUGUGGGUGCGAUGCUGAACCUCGGCAUGGCGAUAGGCAGACCCUUGAUUGGUUACUAUAGCGACGCGUUUGGGCGGGUGAACAUCGCAGGAGUCAUGACAGCCCUCUGCGGCAUCUUGUGCUUGGCGAUUUGGGUACCGGCAAAGUCAUUCGCCGUGCUGCUGGUAUUUGCGAUCCCUGCAGGAGCGGUUGCGGGAGUGUUCUGGGGGACCUGCACAGCUGUAACGGCAGAAGUGGUUGGCUUAAAGAGGCUGCCAACAGUAUUUGGCAUCAUCUGUGUUGCAUUGGUGACACCGACCACAUUUGCCGAGCCGAUAGGACUUGAGAUCGUGUCUGCUUCGGGUUAUCUGACAUCCCAAGUAUUCGUUGGCUGUCUUUAUCUCACCGCGGCCGCAUUUGUUCUGCUACUCCGGACCUGGAAGAUCUCCGAGAUCAAGGCCAAGGCAGCGGCAGCAUUAACGGACGAAGAGCCGACGACGCGUGUGAUGAUGGAAGCUUUCAAGUGGCUGACACCACGGAGCGUCUUUGUGCUGCAGCGCGUGUGA